AUGGCUUACAAUCCGGACGGCGCGCUGCAUUGGGCCCAGCAGCAGCAGCAGUGGCAGGCCUAUGGGCAGCAACAGUUCUCAACGCAGCCAGGCCCGCCCUCGCAGCCUGCUGCCCAGCCCCCGCUGCCGCCCGCUGAGUACACAUACUCAGGCUGGUAUGGCCAGUGGCCACAGCAGCAGCAGCAUGGCGGGUAUGCAGGCUACCCGGCUGCGCAGCAGCAGCAACAUGGCAGGCGCACCUUCACCAUCCGUCCGCAGCUGCCCAAGCCCAAGGCCACAGAGAGCGCCAGCUCAUUGAUGCUAGCAUUCAAUCAGGCUGCGGCCAAGCUGAACAGCAGCAUGGCACCCGCGGCGGCAGCACCAGCAUACAUGCGCGUGCAGGCGGGCACAGCCAACGCCCCACAGCAGGGAGCAGUGGCGCCACAGCAGUGGCCACCUGCCCUCAAGGCCUAUGUGGAGCGGGCUUUCAAAGCCUGCGACUUGCGCCAGCGGCCCAAGCUGCAGGACGUGCUGAAAAAUGUCAUUGGCAGUGCACAGGCAUCAGAACACGAGCAUUGGUCGUAUGUUGAGCGGCAGCGGCGGAAGCGCCGAGCAGGACGCUUUGCAGAUGCGCGUGGCAGCGGCAAACCUGGUGGCGGCAGUGCAUGGAAGCCUGAGGAGCGCCGGCUGCAGCUGCUAGCUAUGCUAGAGGAGGGAGAGGACGAGGACGUGGACUGGGAUGCGCUGGCCAUUAAGGGCACCUGCCAGGAGCUGGAGAAGAGUUACUUCCGGCUGACAUCUGCGCCUGAUCCAGCAACAGUCAGGCAAGGAAAGCGCGUGCCUGAACCGGUGCUGCGACUGGCGCUGGACCGACUCGUCGCGCUGUUACGAACCAAAAAGGUCAACUACUUUUAUGCGCUGGAUCAGUUCAAGGGCAUGCGCCAGGAUUGCACCGUGCAGCACAUCCGCAACGAGUUGGUUGUGCAGGUAUACGAGGCGCAUGCAAGGGCAGCACUAGAAUAUGGCGAUUCUGCUGAGUUCAAUCAGUGCCAAGCGCAGCUACGUGUGCUGUACAAUGAGGGUGUGCACGGCAGCCGCAGCGAGUUCCUGAGUUACAGGAGGCAGCGCAACCACGUGUGGCCCAUGCACUUGCAGUUCGAGCAGCACUUGCAGCAGCAGACUAUCCCCGCUUCUUCUGCCUUUACCACAUCGCUCCAGGACUAG